AUGGUGCUGGACAUCAACCUAUUCAGGAAGGAAAAAGGGGGCAACCCCGAUAAAAUUAAAGAAUCCGAAAGGAAGAGGUUCCAUGAUGAGACGAACGUUGAUAAAGUAAUCGAGUAUGAUGAGAAGUGGAGGAAGUGUAUUUUCAAAUUGGAAGAGUUAAAGAAAAAUAUUAACUUAGUGAAUAAAGAAAUAGGGAACAAAAAGAAGCAAGACAGAAAUGCAGACGUGGAGGAAUUGAAAAAAAAAAGUCUAACGAUGAAGGAGGAAAUCCCUCAGCUGCAGAAUCAGGAAAGAGACUUACUCAAGCAGAGAAAUAGGUACCUCAGUAAGGUCGGGAAUUUGCUUAACAAAGACGUGGUCACUUCGAAUGACGAGGAUAACAACAAGGUGGUUACCACCUGGGGUGUGUGCAAAAGGUUCGAAGUUACCACGGAUGAAGCGUCAGAAGGGGACAGAAGCGGGAAGGGCGCCCAAUCCAAGGAUGGCGGGAGCAACAAGAGGGAGGUCCCACACGGGAGCACCGGCAUAAGCGGCAUAGGCGGCAACAUCCGCAGCGACGGUACGAAGAAGUACUACUACCACUUCGACCUGCUGAGGAAAAUCGGAGGGGCCAACUUCAGGAAGGGCAUCCAGGUGGCCGGCCACAGGGGCUAUUACCUCACCGGAGCAGGCUUCCUCCUCCACAACGCAAUUUUGCAAUACGCGAUAAGCUUCCUCGUGAGCAAAAAUUACACCCCUGUGUAUCCCCCCGUUUUUAUGAAGAAAAAUAUAAUGGAGGAAUGCGCUGAGUUGGAUGAUUUUGAGGAGACCCUCUACAGGAUCGCCUCCUCCACGGCGGCAACAGGCACAGCGGCAAUAGGCACUGCAAGUGGGGCACCCGUCUCUCCGAACCUUACCCAGACUGACGAGCUAAACAGAGACGACCUAUUCCUCAUUGCUACGUCCGAACAGCCACUCUGCGCACUGCAUAAGGAUGAAACGAUUGAGUCUAAGUAUCUACCCUUGAGGUAUGCCGGCGUCUCUUCCUGCUUUAGGAAGGAAGCAGGAGCACACGGAAAGGAUAUCAGAGGAAUUUUGCGAGUCCACCAAUUUGACAAAAUUGAGCAGUUCUGUGUGUCUCUCCCUCAAACAAGCAACAAGGUACACAAAGAGAUGAUGAAAACAUGUGAGGAGUUUUAUCAGUCACUUAAUAUCCCAUACAGAAUCGUUAGCAUCGUGUCCGGGGCACUGAACAACGCUGCUGCUAUUAAAUAUGAUCUGGAAGGUUACUUCCCUUCGAGUAAUCAGUACAGGGAACUCGUGUCCUGUAGCAACUGCACGGACUACCAGAGCAACAAUCUGAAUGUUAAGUACGUCGAUUCCAGUGUCAAAAUUGGUGACGUGAAAGAGGAGGGGAAGAAAAAGGGAUGCAAUGAGGCUGGUUGCAAUGGGGGUGGUCCCCACGAGGAUGAUCAGAUUGGAAGUGACCACGAGGAGUUUCUGCAAAACUUCCAAACGGAGAGUAGGAACACGGUGCAUCUCCUGAACGGCACGAUGGUGGCGGCGCAGAGGUUCCUGUGCUGCCUCCUGGAAAACUAUCAAAACGGCGAGGGCAUCGUCGUGCCGGAGAAGCUCCGCCCCUACAUGAAUAACGUCGAAUUUAUUCCCUUCAUCGAAUGA